AUGGAUGCCGCGCACAUUUUCCGGCAGGGUCUGGGCACCGUUGCUCCCCGUCCGAACCACGGCUAUGCUCAGCCUCGGAGCUUGGUCCAGAGUCCCGAUGACUUCUUUGACGGCGAUACCUCGAGCCACCGCGUUGCUCACACGCUGACUGCAUGCUGUCGUUGUCGCCAGCGGAAAACAAGAUGCGACCCUACGCUACCUCGCUGCCUACCCUGCGAGAGGUCGGGAUCUGUGUGUGAAUAUCUCGACACCGCAAAAGGCCGCAAGAUUAAUCGCCGCUAUGUGAUUACGCUCCAGGAUAAGGUCCGAGCCCUUGAGGCGGAACUGGGCCAGUACACCGAUGAAGACGGCGACCAUCCUCCAACGAGUGAAGAGCUGGUCCGUCCAGGCGGGAUGAUUCGUCUAGGCGGCAAUGACGAGACACCCCGUUAUCUGGGGCCAACCAGCGGUAUCGCCAUGACACGACUGCUCAUGGCUGAGGCCAAGCGGUUUACCGAUUCUAACAAGAUUUCUGAUCUCAUCCCUGAGGUUCGGGCCAGGAGCCAGGCUCGCAUGCAAUCCAUCCAGAUGACGGGAUCGGGGAGCAGUAGGAAGAAGAGCUACCCCAUGGUCAGUGAAUGCCCGGCCGAGGGUCUUCCUACGCGGGCGGUGGCCGAUAAGCUGGUAGAAAUUUACUUCAAAAAGGCUCAAAUUCACUGGCCUGUGCUUCACGAGAAGGUAUUCCAAGCAGACUUCGAUGCUGUCUAUAAUGGCGAUACAGAUGUGUACAAAAACUUUACUGUCCGCAUGGUUAUCGCCGUCAGCUUGCAGAAAUUGGACACGCAAUAUGCUGGAUUAGCCGACGGAUACUACAUGGCAGCGAUGAAAUACGUUGAAGACAUUAUUCGCCCCAAAGACCUUAGAACGCUGCAAUGUCUCAUUCUCAUCGGACAAUACUCGCUGCUCACCCCGACACGGACGCCCGUCUAUUAUGUUAUUGGACUGGCCACCAGAAUUUGCCAGCAAGAGGGACUGAUGGAUGAAAAGACCAUCACUUCGGGUUACAACUUGGAUCCCCAGAUCAUCGAUAUGCGCCGGAGACUUGCAUGGAUAAUCACCACCAUGGAGUUUGGACUUUCCUAUUACAUGGGCCGUCCCAGUGCAUUUGCCCUCAACAGCGACCGCUUAGAUGUCGAGUUCUUUUCCGUCGUCGAUGAUGCAAACAUUACGCCUCAAGGAAUCGUGCCUGGUCCACCUAACUCUGAAAUCAAGAGAACUCUCUAUGAAAGAAAGAGGCCAGAGCCUAGAAAUGAUGAUCACCCGUGGUUCCAUAGUAUGGAAAGUACGCUGAAGGAUUGGUUGGAUGCUGCACCUCAGGAACCUCCUUGGGCCAAGUCUUGGAUUUCUGGAUUUUAUCACCAGAUGAGGGCUAUGCUAUAUAGGCCGUCUCCUCAAAUCCCGCAGCCAUCGCCUCGUGCAGCGCAAAUCUGCUAUGAAUCUUCUGCCGCCACGAUCGAUCUAGCCCAGAAGCAAUUGAGUGGCGAUAUGGUGGAUAUUACUUGGGUGUUCCUUUUGACAAUAAAUCUAGCUCUCAGCACACUCCUAUGGACGAUAUCCUACCCCGAAGUUCGACGUAAUCACCCUCGGGAGGAGGUUGAGGAGCUGGUCAACUCAGCAUUGGAGUCUCUGGACCGAUGUGCAGAGCGUUGGCCCGGGACCACAGCCACUUCACAGCUCUACACUAUAUUUUCCAAAGCAUGCCUGCAAAGCUACGACGCACAGGUGAAGCUUGAAAGGGAGCCAUUUUCCUUUAGCAGCCCCCCGGCGUCAAGCGAGUCUCAGUCCUCUCCCGAAGGCUACGCCCAGUCAAACGCCACAACUCCCCGGCCUCUCCCCUAUCUCAACCCUCCGACGUUUGGGUACGUUUUUGACUCGUCCCCAGAGUCUAUGAACAACUACGUUUUCGACCCCAACUACCCUCCUCCGCAACCCACCUUCCGCUCAAACUCAAUCUUCUGCAACCCGGCUACAGACAACGGCAACCGACGAUUCUCUUACUUCCCCCCUGAUGUCACUCACAUGGGAGAGUCUGGAGGCCUGGAAGAUCCUUCUCACGGGAUCCCUAUACCAGACCACAUAGCCCAUCAACUGCAAUCACCGCCGGAUUCAUUCAUCCAAGCCAACAUACCAACCUCUAGACCAGGGCUCUCGCCAUCGGCAAUGGCGAUAAAGCAGACAUCAAGCGCCACACCAAUUAACCCAUCGCCUCUUUCAGCGCAGAACAACAUGUCACCGCCUCAAAAACCCAUCAUGGCACAACAGGUGACGCAGUCCCAGCCCCAGCCAACAUACGCCGCCGCACGCAUGGGCAUGGCACAACAACCAGUUCAUCACCAGCGACCGCUACCACCUGCACCAACAUCCGCAUCGGAUUGGUUCGCCCCUCAGUCGCAAUUCAUGUCGCCAUACAACUUUGUCACCUCGGGCGGUGGCUAUUUCAACGAGGCCAUGGCGGGCAUGAGCGGAUUCGGAGGAUCGCCGGGACCGGGGCAGGGCAGUUUGUCCCAGUCGCAGCAGAUGGAGCUCAUGGAGGACUUGGAGAAGGACGGAGUUAGUGCCAUGGAUGCGUACCUGCAGGACAACCCGAUGAACGGGAGGGGGUGGUACUGA